GUAAAAACAUGUCCCAGGGGAUUUUCCAAGUGUAUGAGUACAACAGCAGUAACACAAGUUGGUGACAUCGGUACUAAACUGAAGGUUAAAGACUGUGCUGCUGACUGUGCAAGUGGAUCCAUGAACCUCAGCAUUAUAAAGAGGUCUUCAGUGUGCUGUAACACAGACCAGUGUAACGUCCAAGACGCUCCAGAUCCCAGAACUGACUCCAAUGGAAAGAAAUGUUACUUUUGUAAUGGGAAGAACUGCUCAAACACAGUGAGCUGUUCAGGGGGUGAAGACCACUGCAUUACAGCAGCAGCGAGUUACGGAGAGCAGUCACUGGUUGUAAAAGGCUGUGUCUCUAAAUCCAUUUGUGAUAGCACAACAUCAGUUGAUGAUGUUCAGAAGAUCUCAUGUUGUUCAGGGAAUCUGUGUAACGGUGUUCAGAGCGUCUCUCAGAGCUUCCUGUUCCUCUGCUGUUCUCUGCUCUCCUUCAUCCUCCUGCACUGAAUCCAGCAGAU